CAAGAGGAUGGCAUAGGGCAGGAGGGCCAUGGGUUCCCCCACCCCAGACUAAGGGGGCACUAGGGGAGGGGCCGAGUCAUGUGAAGAGGGAGACCCUCUCAGACAGUCGAAUGUGCUGGUCCCACUAAGGAAACCACCCCACCCUCUCCAACUUCCUGCCUGAAAAUGGGCCCUAGAGCUCGCAGACAGGGCAGGAUUGUGCAGGGAAGGCCUGAGAUGUGCUUCUGCCCACCCCCUACCCCACUCCCUCCCCUUCGGAUCUUAACACUGGGCACUCACACACCCACCCCAUGCUCCUCCCCAGGCUCAGCGGCAGGUACCUACCCAACCAUGGGCUCGCAAGCCCUGCCCCCGGGGCCCAUGCAGACCCUCAUCUUUUUCGACAUGGAGGCCACUGGCUUGCCCUUCUCCCAGCCCAAGGUCACGGAGCUGUGCCUGCUGGCUGUCCACAGAUGUGCCCUGGAGAGCCCCCCCAUCUCUCAGGGGCCACCUCCCACAGUUCCUCCACCACCACGUGUGGUGGACAAGCUCUCCCUGUGUGUGGCUCCGGGGAAGGCCUGCAGCCCUGCAGCCAGCGAGAUCACAGGUCUGAGCACAGCUGUGCUGGCAGCGCAUGGGCGUCAAUGUUUCGAUGACAACUUGGCCAACCUGCUCCUAGCCUUCCUGCGGCGCCAGCCACAGCCCUGGUGCCUGGUGGCACACAAUGGUGACCGCUACGACUUCCCCCUGCUCCAAGCAGAGCUGGCUCUGCUGGGCCUCACCAGUGCUCUGGAUGGUGCCUUCUGUGUGGAUAGCAUCACUGCACUGAAGGCCCUGGAGCGAGCAAGCAGCCCCUCAGAACACGGCCCAAGGAAGAGCUACAGCCUAGGCAGCAUCUACACACGCCUGUAUGGGCAGUCCCCUCCAGACUCGCACACGGCUGAGGGUGACGUCCUGGCCCUGCUCAGCAUCUGUCAGUGGAGACCACAGGCCCUGCUGCGGUGGGUGGAUGCUCACGCCAGGCCCUUCGGCACCAUCAGACCCAUGUAUGGGGUCACAGCCUCUGCUAGGACCAAGCCAAGACCAUCUGCUGUCACAACCACUGCACACCUGGCCACAACCAGGAACACUAGUCCCAGCCUUGGAGAGAGCAGGAGACCCAAGGAUCUUCCUCCAGUGAAGGACCUUGGAGCCCUACCCAGGGAGGGGCUGCUGGCCCCACUGGGUCUGCUGGCCAUCCUGACCUUGGCAGUAGCCACACUGUAUGGACUAUCCCUGGCCACACCUGGGGAGUAGGCCAAGAAGGAAAAUCUGACAAAUAAAGACCCCCCCCAUAGCACUGAGUGCUCAA